UUGGCUCGAGCUAAAGCGACGGGUUGUUCGGAACAGUUCCGGUUUUGCCCCGCUGCUUGAGCGAUGGCGAGGUCGCUGAACACCGUUCUCGUUCAUUGUGUAGUGAGUGUUACCCUCCUAUGGCGGAGAGGGAGCGCCUUCGUGUGCAGCUCGGAGUGGCAGGACUUCUGCCCUGCCAAUGGCUCGAAGCAGACGGGCUGCACCCCUUACAAUUUGUUGCCACCAGAGGUGGAUUGGUUGCAGCUUCGCAAGAGGCUGGUCAAGGAGAUGUUUGGUGAAGACUAUCUUCCGAUGGACAACAGGCCACACUCGGUGACCCAUACGGUUGUCCCGCAUCGAUUUCCAGAUUGCCUUGCAGCACUGCCGCGCUGGGGGACCAGUCCAGCUACAGUUUGCGAGAAGUUAAUUCCGGUGACUGAAAUCGUGUGGCAGAUGACGGCACGGCUGAAUGCGACCUAUGCGAAAAACAUCACAUCCAAAGUCUUCCUGACCCUGAACAGCUCUGGAUGGGCUCCGGGCUACAGCAUUUGGGGACCUUGGCUGACGGGGUGGGCGAAGGCGGGCGAAGGUCUUUGCAGAACGAUCUGCGCAAGCCCCUGGAGGAAGGUUUGGGUUGAUAGAGGUAUCGCAAUUGGACAUAAGGGGGGUUGGGAAGGAAACAAAAACAGGGUGCCCCUCAGGUUUUCUUGCAUGGUCUCACCGACUCUGUUCACGAUCAUGUGGGUGAACUGCAUCCCGGUUUACGCACGCUUCUUCACAACGGUGACCCUUGCCCGUUGGAACUCACAUAGUACCCGCCUGGGCGAAGAACAUCAGUUGUGGGUUGCUUGCCAUCAUAUUUUUUGGGGAAGGGCAGGUGAUCACCCCGACUUCUUGAAACAACAGCUUCCCCUGCCAGCCAAACUUCUCCCAAAGAUCCCCACUUUUUUUGCCAAUCGUUUUUGCCACCCUCUGAGGCCUUUUCCGAGGCUAAAGCACCUGCUGAGAACACAAGGUGGCAGUUGAUGUUUUGUGAUCCCUUAUAUACUUUCAACAUUUUGGUCACUCCUCUAACUUAUCAUUCAUCCUCAAUGUCUCCCCACAAAACAUCAUUAAACCUGGGAGUGGGACCGACUCGAGCUUGGAGGAAACUCAAAAACAUGGAAUGUUCCACGAAACAAUGAUUCCACGGAGGGUUCUUCACUGAGCUCCUAGGCGCUGAUGAACCAGAAGCACCCGAGCCGCUCAGAUGCGAAGCGAGUUCGAAGCUGAACCGCGCCCGUUCAGGGCGUUGUGGUCGAGUUUGGAGCGACCCAGAGCACUAACAGACAGCGCGUGAAGUGGAUAGAAUGUAGGGAAAUCCUUCGAAUACCAUUCACACUCAUGUUCUUUCUUCAGAGAGGAUAUAACACGGAAUUCCCGCACUUGGCGCGACCUUGCGUCAGGCCGCCCCAUCGAGGGAAGACGCUGGUGAUUUUCCACCAUGGCCAUGGCGGCUCAAAGGGAUGCCCAAACUAUGGA